GACUGUCAGAGCAGCAAGAGCUCAAAGAACUCAGCUUACACCAAAACUACAAGAAGAACAAAAACACAAAAUGUCGUCGCUACAAAUGUCCGAGAUGUCCAAGACCUAUCAGUACCGCAAGGUGAUGAAGCCCAUGCUGGAGAGGAAGCGUCGUGCCAGAAUCAACAAGUGCCUGGACGAGCUAAAGGAUCUUAUGGUUGCCACCUUGGAGUCCGAGGGCGAGCACGUCACCCGCUUGGAGAAAGCCGAUAUCCUGGAACUUACCGUUACCCACUUGCAAAAGAUGAAGCAGCAGCGUCAGCACAAGCGUGCUUCCGGCGAUGAGAGCUUGACUCCGGCAGAGGGCUUCCGUUCCGGCUACAUCCAUGCCGUCAAUGAGGUCUCCCGUUCACUCUCCCAGCUGCCCGGCAUGAAUGUCAACCUAGGCACUCAGCUAAUGACCCACCUGGGACAGCGCCUCAAUCAGAUCCAGCCAGCAGAAAAGGAAGUUUUGCCGGUGACCGCUCCACUCUCCGUGCACAUCGCCAAUCGGGAUGCCUACUCCGUGCCCAUUUCGCCAAUCUCCAGCUACGCCGGCAGUCCCAACUCCAAUACCAGUUCGACCAGUCAUUCCCUGUUGACCACCAUCGAUGUGACCAAGAUGGAGGACGACAGCGAGGACGAGGAGAACGUCUGGCGUCCCUGGUAGAGAGGAUUACUUCACACCACUACUACAAAAGAACGAAGGAGAGAUAAUAGAAAGUAAAAGUCUUCCGAGUCACUGGAUUUCCCCCAGUCGACUCCCACCUAGUUAUAAGUAAACACCAUACACACACAAAGCUUUAGAUGAGGACGCGCAGUUCAUGUGAUAACUAAAUACAUAAUAAAUUAUAUAGCUAAAAUUGAAA